GGCUAGGACGGGGUGAAAUGGCAGCCUCUUCCUCAUCCUCUUCAGCCGGCGGAGUGAGCGGCAGCUCUGUAACGGGAUCGGGGUUCAGCGUUUCGGACCUGGCGCCACCCCGAAAAGCCCUCUUCACUUACCCCAAAGGAGCUGGCGAGAUGCUGGAAGAUGGCUCUGAAAGAUUCCUCUGUGAAUCUGUCUUCAGCUAUCAGGUGGCAUCGACAUUAAAGCAAGUGAAACACGAUCAACAAGUCGCACGGAUGGAAAAACUAGCCGGUCUGGUGGAAGAGCUGGAGGCAGAUGAGUGGAGGUACAAGCCAAUAGAGCAGCUCCUGGGAUUCACUCCCUCCUCGGGCUGAGCGUGUCUGGAUCGCUGCUGUCAGGGAGCAGAAGAAAAACAUUCUCUGGCCUGGCUUCAGAACACACCCCCAUUUAUCAGGAUGCUGACAGCUGCAUCAGCAGGACAGGGCUUUUUUUUUUUUUUUUAAGUUGAGAGUAGGGAUCCCCCGUAAAGCUGCCAGUAAAUGGAAGUGACA